GGCGUUGGAAAAUUGGCGGCCAGUUGGCAUACUUGGUCGGGAUAUACGGAGUGGAUUGUCGCAUCUAAAAGGGCAUCGUUUCCCUCAUCAUCAUCGCCUUUACUAGACUCCCAAGGCCUUUCCUUGUUAAUUUUUAUUCAAUAUGAAAUGGUAUUUCUAUACUCACAGUCGGUUCCACCUAUUGGGGGCCUGCCUUGCUGUUCAUUUGCCACUCAGCCUUACCCCACUUCGGAGGUGAUUGUUUCGUGUACAUUUUUUUCUCGUCUCCCCGUUGUCGCAAGGUAA